AUGACUGAGCCGCUUACUGGAUUCUGCUGCGAUCAGCUCGAGCUGAUUGGUUUCCUUGACCAACUGCCUAUCGCAUGUUUCCCUAUCAAAUCUUCAAGUCAUCAGUUGUUCGGCAACUGUCUUCUUCUCCAGGUAAAAAAGACAGAUACUGCUAAAAGUCGUUUGGAGAAGAGGAACUCUGAGCUCAUGGGACAAGUGGACACCCACAGGAGACAACUUGAUGAAAAAGAGGAUGAGUGUAGCAAUUUGGGUAAUCAGCUCCAGACUAAAGAGAAUCUGAUGAAGAAAUGCUUUGAAGAAAAGGCUAAAUUUCAAAAUAACAUAACAGACCAGCUAUCUGUGAUCCAUCGGUUGCAAGAGCAGCUUACUGAGUUACGACAAGAGUUUCUAAGGCAGGAUGAUCAGCUACAGGAGUACCGGAAUAACUCCACAACCUUGCAGAAGAAACUUGAAUAUGAAAGCCUGCAAUGUGGUCAACAGAUCAGGGCACUGAAGGAACAAUGUGACGAGAAGUUGAAGACUUUAGGGAAAGUGCAUAACCAGCCAACAAAGCAUGAAGAUUCAAAUAAACAAAACCAGUCCAGAGAGGAGAAUGAGGAAGUGAAUAAUCGCCAGAAAUCUGACUGGGAUUACAACAAAGCCAAAAUAAAUCUUGAGAAGCAGACUUCUGAGAGUAAUAAACUUAACAUUAAUCUUAAUGGAGGAAACCAACUGCAGCCUCACCGAGAUGAUGGCAAGAGAUUACUAAAUCCAGGUAAAGCAGAUGAUGAUGCUGGCAUGCCUGGGAUAGAAGAAAAUGAACAUGCUAAACCGGUGGAUCUUUUGAUUGAUCACAAGAGAAACAAAUUGCUGCUUGAAGAAGUUGAGAAACCAGGGUUGAGGGGUGGUGGGAUUCUUGGGGACAAAUUGAAUGUGGAGACUGGAAUGAAACCUGUCCGUCAUUUUGAGAGGGGCCCAGUGAUGCAGGCUCCCCCUCCAAACCAGGCUCUAUCAUUUGAUGAACAAAAUGUUGCAAAACCUGGGAGAUCAUUUGUUGUGAAUGUGCCAAGUCCUGUAGAACAAGAGGAGCCAAAUGACACAGCAGAUGAAAAUCUUCACGUUAGAGCAGAUGAAAUUGGAGAAUCUCAGAAUCACCAACCAGUUCUGGAUAGACAACAUCAAGGGAAACCAGUACAUCAUUUAGCCAAGGAGCCUGCUAUGCAGCCACCACCUAAUCAAGCUCUACACUUCCCAGCUGGCCAAGCCUUUUCAAAUCCUUUUGAUCACCACGGUGGGAAAGGACAUGAAAAAGCCAAUGAACCAGGAGAACAUCCAAAAGGUCGACAAGGCCAGUUCUUUGAUGAAAAUGAAUCCCCAGCUGAUCCGCAGCAUGACUCUAAAGUGGCGGAUUAUAAUGGGGAUGAUGGUAAUGUGGGUGAGUACGAGGCAGACAAGCAGGCCGAAUUGGCUUACAAUGAGGAAGAGGAUGGUGAUGGUGGGGAAGAAGACGUCCAAGAUGAAGAGGAACAAGAUCUUCAAGGGGACGUGAACAAUCCUGCUGUUUAUGAAAAUCGCCACUUUGCAGCUGAUGGUUUGUAACUGUCUGCCAUGAGACUGAAUCCCGAGUUUAUAGGCCGUGGAAAGAAUAUUGUGUGACUUUGACGCAAUAAUGCAAAAUCAUUUUACAGUAUGCCAUGGCCUUUUAACAAGUGCAUUACUUGAUAAGUUUGAGCACUUCUGGUGUUGCUGCCCGGUGAAAUAGAAGGUGAUGCAAACUAAUAUUUGUUAAAAAUUACAAGCAAAUUGUUUAGAUUGAUUGAUUUAUAAUUGCAAACAUUUGUGGGGAGGGGGGGGUUGGAGGAGGGAAUUUCGUUUACCUCUGUACAUUAUUUUGUAUAUUUUGUACUUUUGAAAAUUUUAUGAACAAAGUUUAGUUUUUGUUUUGAGGUUUGGAGUUCAUGAAACCAUUGCAUAAAUAUAAUAUCAGCAAAAUGACUGCUAUAUUUCAGGUUAAUCAAAGUAGCAUUUGAGAACUGAUCUGUUUAAAGUACUAUAUUUAAAACAACUUAACGGAGUCGCUGAAACAUUUUGCUUUGUACAGUCUCUACAAGAUUUAAUUUUGCUUAGUGAAGUUUUUGCAUUGUGCUGUGAAGACAGUAAAUGUUAUCCCUUUUUUUGACUGUGUAAAUCUAUUCUAGUGAUUUAAAUGCGUUCUAAUUUUAACAGGAAAAGAAUGUAUAGAUACAUGCAGUCAUUAACAAACCCAGUACAGCAGAUGAAAUUCAAUGAAAAGUCUUCAAUAGAAACAUUUUCACAUGUUACUUUUGUUGCUUCCAUCAAAACAUAUUUAUUGCUGUGUAAAUUUUAAAAAUAAUAGCGAUGAAAUUUGGAAAGGCUACCUACAACAGGCAUAGAUAAUUAACACUUUUUUGUGGAGAUGUUUCUGGAUCUAAGGAGGAUUAUGGGGGAGGUCAAUGAUAUUUUAAAAGAAAACACAGUUUUUGAAAACUGGUGAAGCAUGACCCUUUGUGGCUGGUUGUUGUUACGAUGGUAAGUAGAUUACUGAUGUUUCCUAAUGAAUUAAACAUUAAGACACCACUUGAUCUACUCUGCUCAGCAAAGAUUGGCUCUGAUGUCUUACGUAUACUGACAUUUAAAUAAAGUAUAAGCCUAUCGUACAUGGAUGUCCUGGUAUGGUUUUCAUUCCUUGAGAUACAGUUAGCCACUUAUUUCUCUCUGUUUUACCAAUGUUACACAGGGUUGCCACAGUGCUGGUUGAUGGCUGUUAUAUCAACAUUGUUUUUGGGUUUGGCCAUUGUUUUGCAUCUUGAUGCCUUCCUGCCAUUCACCCUCCUGAUGUUUAUGUCUGGGGGCUGACACCAUUGCAUGUGGUGCUGCCUACAUCAGUGGCUGGGUUCUUUUGUGGCCAACCAACAAUUUGAAGAAUUUUGCAUUUCCUGCAGCAAGUUUUGUUUUUGGAGGAGAAGCAAGACUACUUGGUUGGCUCUGAUGCAAUAUGCGAGGCCAGGAUGACCCAUACUAACCCAAUUUUGGCCCUUACUUUCCCACUUGAUUAUUUGUAAAUGCUAAUUUUCAGGCUGCUGGGGGAGCUUAGGCUGAGGAGAAGCCAGGGUCAAUGCCUCAUGUAGGAAGAUGUGUCGUUGUCUCUGAACGACUUCCUUCCAACAUUGGAAGUCCACUGCUGAAAGUGACCCAGUUGGGCCUUGAGUGGGUGGGGUUCUAUCAAUGGUAUCUUUUCAACAUUGAGUACAGUCCUGCAAAAAAAAAUUGUGGCCCCUGAGUGUGUUCCCUUUUUCAACAUAUAGCCUGCCUUCCAAACUAGGGUCCUGGUCAGUGAGGACUGUCUGUCGUCCCAGCCCUGACCACUUCAGUAUCUGAGGGGCAACCAGUAUCAGCAAUAAUGUUUUGCUGCCAACUCUUUGGCUAGCAGAAAGGGAAAUCUCACCAUCCUAACAAUCCUGGCUUGCAGUGAAUGAGUGAACCCAAGGCCUUCCAGCUCAGAGGCAGGAGAUGUAGCCACUGAGCAGCUCCAGCUCCCUCCUCCCAUCUUCCAUUAAUCUCAUGAAAUUGUUUAUUUUUCCCCUUAUUCUUAUGUGGAUAUUAAAAUAGUGAAUAAAAGUCUUUAUUGUCAUUUAAACAAUGUCUUGUGGAGCUGAAAGUAAUUAAUGCUUUCAAUAUCAUAGAAUUCAGCAAACAGUAAAAUGUUGCACUAUCUCAUUUAAAGCGACUAUUGUAGAGCAUCUGCAUUGUACAAAAAUGUAAAAUCUCAACUUGCUGUUGAAGCAUGAGGCAAAAAAUACUGUGAAUUAGCAGACUGGGAAAUAUAGUCAGGUGAGAAAUAUAUUGCAAUGUACUAUUUCCAAUAAUUUGAUAUCUUCAUUUUAGAAUGAUCAUUAAGUGUAAUAAUUUUGGUUGCAAAGUUUAUGCUUCAGAAAAAUUAUGAUCAGAGCAAAAGAAUUGGGAUUUCAAAGAGUAGAAACAAUGUUUUGUUUCUUUAUGUACAACUCUUUUUUUUAAAAAAAUUCUGCAAUAUAGACUGUAAAAUAACGUGUCACUGCAGAGCUUCAGGGUGUUUCCUGUAAUUUCAUGCGGGCUAACAUAGCCAUCAAAAGGAAUGAUACAUCUUCCACAGUUGUGGGAUCUCAAUGUCAUUGAGUGGACAUGAAGAAAUGCAAUAUGAAUUAUUAAUUAAGUGGUUAACAAUCAUAACUAAAUGGAUAAUACAGCUAAUAAUGAACCUUUUGGCCAAUCAAUUACUUUAUUUUGUGGUUCUGGUCAUUAUCUGAAGCAUUCUGCUAAAAUUAUGUAGUUUCUAACUUGCUCUGGGUAUCUUAUUCUGUAAUUGGCAAACUUAGGAAUGUAAACAAAAGUCAGUAGGUCUGCCUCUGUGUGCAGCUUUUUGGGGAGGGCUGGGGUUGUUCGUUUUCCAAGUUAAAUAAUUGCAUUGAAUUUUGUGCUUCUGAAAUGUUACAUCUGUGUUGUAAAAUUGUAAGAUGCUGCAUGGUAAAAUGGUUUGUUUCUCUGAUUUGUUUAUAAUACUUUGAAUAAAUGAUUUAUUUGAGUUGA